AUGCUGUCGACAGUGACGUCGACAGCCUCGAUGGACAAGAGCAAAGAGUCUCAGGAGCGUGGCAUCACCCUCGACCUGGGCUUCUCGUCGUUUUCCACCGAUGCGCCGGAGCAUAUCCAGGACAGGGAUCUGAGCCAAUCCAAGGUGGUGUUUGGUGGACUGUCCAGGCCAUGCAUCUCUCAUCCGCACCGUCAUAGGUGGUGCCCAGAUCAUUGA